UAUUGGUUUCUUCAAAAGAUUAUUUAUAACCUAGGCAACUGUGUUGUGUUGUUAUUUAUCAUGAGCAAUAAUUGGGAACAAAACGAAGAAAUACAAAUAUUCCGAGAUUAUCUCCGAAUUCCAAGUAUUCAACCUGACAAUGGUUAUGAACCAUGUGUUGCCUUCAUAAUAAAACAAGCUGAGAGUUUAGGACUACCCUACAAAGUCUAUCGACCUGGUGGACCUGAUCAACCAAUAGUUGUUAUUACAUGGGAAGGCACGAAUUCUGAAUUACCAUCCAUUUUGCUUAACUCACACAUGGAUGUAGUAGCAGUGUUUCCAGAAAAUUGGACUCAUCCGCCAUUUGCAGCUGAAAUGGAUUCCGAAGGUCGAAUUUUCGCUCGUGGAGCACAAGAUAUGAAAUGUAUUGGUAUGCAACAUUUAGCAACAAUACGAGCUUUGAAAAAUGCUGGUGUCAAAUUGAAGAGAACUAUUCACAUCACUUUUGUUCCAGAUGAAGAAUCUGGCGGAAAGCUUGGUAUGGACAAAUUUGUUCACACAGAAGAUUUCAAAAAUUUGAAUAUUGGAUUUUCUUUGGACGAAGGUGUAGCUUCAGAGGACGAAGUUUUUUCAAUUUUCUAUGCAGAACGUUUUAUGUGGCGCCUUCAUUUGAAAAUAUCUGGCACCACUGGUCAUGGUUCUCUGUUGCAUGAAAACACUGCUGGUUGUAAACUUAAUUAUGUUCUUGGAAAGCUAAUGGCCCGCAGACAAAAAGAAGUAGAUCGUUUGAAAAAUAACUCCAAUUUGACUAUCGGAGAUGUAAUGACAAUAAAUCUUACAAAAAUAAAUGGAGGAGUACAGUCCAAUGUUGUGCCAUCUUUAAUUGUUGCUGUUUUUGAUAUUCGUAUUCCUUUGAAUGUAGAUGAUGAAGAAUUUUUAACAAUGAUUAAAACUUGGUGUGAAGAAGCUGGUGGUGGUAUUGAAGUUUAUUUGGACUUGAGAGAACCUAAAGUUGAAUCUACGAAGAUUGAUUCAAGCAAUAUCUUCUGGACUGCAUUUAAAAGUGCCUUUGAUGAACUUGGUCUUAAGACGAGAGAGUUGGUUUUUCCUGGAGGAACUGAUAGCCGUUACAUAAGAAAUAUUGGUAUACCAGCUUUAGGAUUCUCUCCGAUGAACUUAACAACAAUAACUCUACAUGCAAACGAUGAAUAUCUUAAAGCUGAAACUUAUUUGAAGGGAAUUGAAAUUUAUAAGAAAAUUGUUCAAAAAUUGGCAAAUGCUUAGUA